UACUGCGGCUCCACAGCGGCAAGUCAGCGUCCGUCCACCUCCACCUCUCAUCGGCUUCACCUUCGCAAUGGCAGCUCCGAAGAAAGUCUGCAUCAUUGGCUCUGGGAACUGGGGCUCUGCCAUCGCCAAGAUAGUGGGUGCCAACACCGCUCAGAAUCCAAAAUUUGACGACAUCGUGAACAUGUGGGUGUUUGAGGAGAUGGUGAAUGGCCGAAAACUGACUGAAAUAAUCAACACUGACCAUGAAAAUGUGAAGUAUCUCCCCGGGCACAAGCUACCAGCUAAUGUGCUGGCCGUCCCCGACCUGGUGGAGGCGUCCACGGAUGCGGACAUUCUGGUGUUCGUGAUCCCGCACCAGUUCGUUGGGAAAGUGUGCGACACCAUUAAAGGCAAAAUAAAGACCGAUGCGGUCGGGAUAUCGCUCAUCAAGGGUGUCGACGAGGGGCCCGACGGACUUAAACUCAUCUCUGAUGUGAUCCAGGAGAAGCUGGGUAUCACCAUGAGUGUGCUGAUGGGGGCCAACAUUGCCAAUGAGGUUGCUGAUGAGAAGUUUUGUGAGACCACCAUUGGGUGUAAGAAUAAAAACCACGGGGCACUCCUGAAGGAACUCAUGCAGACCAACAACUUCAGAGUCACUGUCGUAGAAGAGUACGAUGUGGUGGAAAUCUGUGGAGCCCUGAAGAACAUUGUUGCAGUUGGGGCAGGUUUCUGUGACGGUCUGGGCUUCGGGGACAACACGAAGGCAGCGGUGAUCAGGUUGGGCCUGAUGGAGAUGAUUGCCUUCGCCCGGAUUUUCUGCACCGCCGGGCCCGUGUCCUCCGCGACCUUCCUGGAGAGCUGCGGCGUGGCCGACCUCAUCACGACCUGCUACGGCGGCCGCAACCGCAAAGUAGCCGAAGCCUUUGUGAAGACGGGGAAGUCCAUUGAGGAGCUGGAGAAAGAGAUGCUGAAUGGUCAGAAGCUGCAGGGACCAGCAACAGCAGCUGAGGUCUAUCUCAUCCUCAAGCACAAAAACCUCAUUGAAAAGUUCCCACUGUUCAAUGCUGUGUAUCAGAUCUGCUAUCAGGGCCAUCCAGUCACAGAGUUCAUAAGCUGCUUGCAGAACCACCCAGAGCACAUGUAAAAAAAACAGCAAACUGACCAAGUGCCUUCUGAAUGAAGAACUUUUCAUCCGUUACCUGUCAGAAAUGGAUCGGGGCUGAGCAGUCACUCCACAGCUGUCAUGCAACUAAAAGUCUCCAGCCAGCGAGUGGAGAAGGUUGCAUCACAUUUGUGUGUUCGGUUCGUGUUCGGUUCCUGUUCGGCCACUUUUUGUCCUUAGCAUUUUAAAAAAUGCCAGAAAUUGAAAGUUAAUUGUUUGUGGGGAUUUAUUUCCCCACGUCCUGGUCAGAUAGCUCUUUUUGCCUGAGAUUUGUUUUUGUUUUUCGAGCCAGAUGAAAUCACAAUGCAUGGUGUCGCUUUCUAGACAGCAGCCAAAUAAAAAUAAAACACUAAUACAGGAAUCCAGACUUUACGUCAGUAUAAUUUAUAAUUCGAUACGAAUUUUAGAAAACAUUUAGUUUUAUUUGACUGCUGUUCAGUUACUAACAUGUUUGUACAAUGUUUAUAUGACACAUAAUGCGUUCAGAUUUUGACGGGGCCAACCACUCAGGACAAAGACCUACUGACGGCCUUCUGUAGAGGGAAUUAUAGUAAUCUAACAUUUAUGUUGCCGUCCAGUGAAUGCCUGUCCUUCACCACAAGUUGUUUUUUAAUUAUAGAUGUAAUACCUCAUUUUCUUUACGUCUUUGUAUUCUCUAAAGUGUCUUACGUAAUUCACUAUAAUAUUCCCUGUCUUGUACUGUAUAUUCAACAUACUGUCGAACGCACAGCAACUGUUUUUAACAUAUAAAUGCAAGUGCCUUAGAUUGCACGGUUGCUAUGUCUUGGCCAUUUGUAGUCUUUUAUUUUUUUUUUUUGUCAAACCAAAGACUUAACAACGUCCGUCCACUAUGCCAUUUGUUAUCGUGACUGCCUGACUUUGUUUCCAGUGUUAUGGCUGAUGUGUUUUUGGAAAUUAUGUCUGUGAAUAAAUUAAUUCAGUCAUCAAA